UGGGGGGACAAUGUUUGCCCCCACAGCCCUGAUGUCAGAAUCUGCAGAGAUCAGUGGUUUUCAAAGACCUCCAGGGCAGAGAGUAGCUGCUUGAGGCCAGAGCUGCUGGGACUUUAAGGUGCGCCCAGAUGGAAAGGAAUCUAGUUAAAAUGCCAGCCGUCUCAGCAGCUCUUGCAGCCCAAGAAGUCCCCUCGCUAACGAGCUUCAGGCGAGGUGGACCCCGCCCGACGCGGAGCAGCUCGCAGUAAGAAAUAAGCCGGUCCCCGAGACACCUGCCCUUGGAGUCACCGCUGGGUGCUCACAGUUGACCCUGAAGGUAGCUGACCGGUAGUGACCAAAGAAACUUCCUGAAAACCAUAGUGUUAGGUUCCCUUUUGAGCCAAGACGCUGGUCAAGAACGACCUCUUAACUCAAGGUUGAACCCCACGGCUCAUAGCAUGUUUCGUUCUCUGCCCCACCACCCAUUACUUUCCUAUUUUCUUCACGGGUGUGGAGCCGUGUCUGAGGCUUUGGGCAAAAGUUGGCUGGCUCUUGCAGGAGUCUCAUGACCCUUGAGGGAGGUGUGGUCUUGCAGAGAUGGCCCAGGACAACGGGGCAGAUCCUGGAAGCAGGCACCGAAAGGAGGCCUGGGUGGGUUUGGAGUUAUGGGGGUGUGCAAACCCGUGUGCUGCCCAGGAGCUUCCCAAGGUCAACACAGUUCUUGACUCUUGUUUUUUGAGGGUCCUCCUACAUUGGGAAGAAAAUGUUCUGACUGUAUGUGUCUGGUAAACCACAGAAGUCUCAAUCUGGGACUUGUGACAAACAUGGUGCCUGAGUCAGGUCGUUUCCCUGGUUCCCUGGAGAGGCCUCAUCUCGAGGCUCCCUUCUGCAGAUGAUCAGAGUUAAAGAGCAAGAACCUACUGUUCUUGGGUGAAGAGCCGGUGGUCUAGGUGGGAGGCACAGCUGGAGGGCAUGGUGGGUUAAGACCCGGUCCUGGUACUGAGACAAGGCCUUGGCUUUGGAACAAGGCGGAAGCACAGGCAGGUCAGCUAGGAGGACUUGCAGCUGACUCACUGAGCUGGGCGAGGCUCUCAGCCUCCCUGACUGGGCCCAGCUGGGGUGACAGAUGGUGGAGAGGUCUCAGCCAUAGGGAGUGGAGCAUUGUCCAAAAAGGACUCAUUGGAGGCUGUUCCUGGGGCCUGCUUCCCAGGCCUGCAUGGCCUUCUACUGUUAAGCACUUCCCUGGGGGGGGUGCCUCAUGGAGCCCUGUCCACACCUCCGUUUAUAGCCCUUAGCCCUUCCUCUCCCCCAUCUGGCUUCCUGGCCAGGCUUCCACCCUGCAGAGAACUUGGCAGGGGAGCAGCUGGAAAAGGCUUUACUUGGCUUUCAGAUGCCCCUUCUUUGCUAGUCUUCUAGCCCCACAGCUGGGGUGACAGGAGACUUGCCAUCUUUCUGACCAGUCAACGGGCGGGGGGAGAGGGGGACCCUCUGGUGCUAGGCCGCACCCCCUGAUUAAGAGAGCUGGAGCUCAGGCAGUAAGCCACAUGAAGAGCCGGGCUCUGUUCCAAAUACUUUAUGAUGACCUCAGUCGCAUAACUCGAGUAGAUGCCCCAUCCGUUCUCCGUUUACAGGCCCAGGAAAUGGGUUUAGGGAGGGCAACAGAUUGUCUGAGGUUACCCCAACCAGGAAGGGAUCCUGGGGGCUGUUCAGGGGCUUCAUCAGGGAGCAGCUUCAGAACCAUAGUUGGGAGGGACUGGGCCGAAGAGAGGAAGGAACAAGAAGGUCCAGGUGAAAGUGGGGAUGAGAACCCAUCCAGGAAAGCUGAAAGUCCGCCCCUUUAUUUUCAGACAUUACCUGAACACAACAGAAAGGGGAGCUCUGAUGUUAGAAAAGCCACUCCUACUGGUUACGGGAAAUGAACUUCACAUAAAAAGGAGCCACAGAAAAGUAUCAGGGUCAAAUCCCAUACAAAGUUUGAGAGAGAGAACAUCCUUUAGGAUUGAAAAGUGUACCAGGAAAGUGGUCAAAGCCAUAACCUUUCAAAAUGAGCCUGCUGCCCUGGUCUCAGGAGUUGCCAUGGCAACUGAAGAGUCCAUCAUUCGUAUCCCCCCGUACCACUACAUCCACGUGCUGGACCAGAACAGCAAUGUGUCCCGCGUGGAGGUCGGACCUAAGACUUAUAUCCGGCAGGACAAUGAGAGGAUCCUGUUUGCCCCCUUGCGCAUGGUGACUGUCCCUCCACGCCACUACUGCACGGUGGCCAACCCUGUGUCCCGGGACCCCCAGGGUGCCGUGCUGUUCGACGUCACAGGGCAAGUACGGCUCCGCCAUGCCGACCUAGAGAUCCGGCUGACCAAGGACCCCUUCCCCCUGUACCCAGGGGAGGUGCUGGAAAAGGACAUCACGCCCCUACAGGUGGUUCUGCCCAACACUGCCCUCCAUCUUAAGGCGUUGCUGGAUUUUGUGGAUAAGAGCGGAGACAAGGUGGUAGCAGGAGACGAGUGGCUAUUUGAAGGACCUGGCACCUAUAUCCCCCGGAAGGAGGUGGAGGUCUUGGAGAUCAUUCAGGCCACAGUCAUCAAGCAGAACCAGGCCCUGCGACUGAGGGCCCGCAAGGAGUGCUGGGACCGGGAGGGCAAGGAGAGGGUGACAGGAGAAGAAUGGCUGGUCCGUGCCGUGGGCGCCUAUCUCCCAGCAGUGUUCGAGGAGGUUCUGGAUUUGGUGGAUGCUGUGAUCCUCACAGAAAAGACAGCCCUGCACCUCCGGGCUCGGCAGAACUUUCGAGACUUGAGAGGAGUGAGCCGCCGUACCGGGGAGGAGUGGUUGGUGACAGUGCAGGACACGGAGGCCCACGUGCCAGACGUCUACGAGGAGGUGCUAGGGAUUGUGCCCAUCACCACCCUGGGCCCCCACAACUACUGUGUGAUUCUCGACCCGGUUGGACUGGAUGGCAAGAACCAGCUGGGGCAAAAGCGUGUGGUCAAGGGUGAAAAGUCCUUUUUCCUCCAGCCCGGAGAGCGGCUGGAACGAGGCAUCCAGGAUGUCUACGUGCUGUCAGAGCAGCAGGGGCUGCUGCUGAGGGCCCUGCAGCCCCUGGAGGAGGGAGAAGAAGGAGAGAAGGUCUCCCACCAGGCUGGGGACCGCUGGCUUAUCCGGGGGCCCCUGGAGUAUGUGCCGUCUGCCAAGGUGGAAGUGGUAGAGGAGCGUCAGGCCAUCCCUCUGGAUGAGAACGAGGGCAUCUACGUGCAGGAUGUCAAGACUGGAAGGGUACGUGCUGUGAUCGGAAGCACUUACAUGCUGACCCAGGACGAAGUCCUGUGGGAGAAGGAGCUGCCCCCUGGGGUGGAGGAGCUGCUGAACAAGGGGCAGGACCCUCUGGCCGACAGGGGUGAGAGGGAGACGUCCAAGACCCCUCAGCCCACCACUGUCCGGAACAAGACCCGUGUGGUCAGCUACCGGGUCCCCCACAACGCGGCUGUGCAGGUGUAUGACUACAGGGAGAAGAAGGCUCGUGUGGUCUUUGGGCCCGAGCUGGUGUCACUGGGUCCUGAAGAGCAGUUCACUGUGUUGUCCCUCUCGGCCGGGAGGCCCAAGCGUCCCCACGCUCGCCGUGCACUCUGCCUGCUGCUCGGGCCUGACUUCUUCACAGAUGUCAUCACCAUCGAGACCGCAGACCAUGCGAGGUUGCAGCUUCAGCUUGCCUACAACUGGCACUUCGAGGUGAGUGACCGGAAGGACCCUAAAGAGACAGCCAAGCUCUUCUCGGUGCCUGACUUUGUGGGCGACGCCUGCAAGGCCAUUGCGUCCCGGGUGCGGGGGGCCGUGGCCUCCGUCACUUUCGACGACUUCCACAAGAACUCCGCCCGCAUCAUCCGCACAGCUGUCUUCGGCUUUGAGACCCUGGAAACCAAGGAGCCCGAGAGAAGGUCCCUGCCCCAGCCCCGGGACCGGGCCGUCUUCCCCCAGAACGGACUGGUGGUCAGCAGUGUGGACGUGCAGUCGGUGGAGCCCGUGGACCAGCGGACCCGGGACGCCCUGCAGCGCAGCGUCCAGCUGGCCAUCGAGAUCACCACCAACUCCCAGGAGGCGGCUGCGAAGCACGAGGCUCAGAGGCUUGAGCAAGAAGCCCGCGGCCGGCUCGAGAGACAGAAGAUCUUGGACCAGUCCGAAGCUGAGAAAGCUCGCAGGGAGCUCUUGGAGCUGGAGGCUCUGAGCACCGCCGUGGAGAGCACAGGGACCGCCAAGGCAGAGGCCGAGUCCCGCGCAGAGGCCUUGCGCAUCGAGGGGGAGGGCUCCGUGCUGCAGGCCAGGCUGAAGGCGGAGGCCUUGGCCAUCGAGACGGAGGCCGAGCUCCAGCGGGUGCAGAAAGUGCGAGAGCUAGAACUAGCCUACGCCCGGUCCCAGCUGGAGCUGGAGGUGAGCAAGGCCCAGCAGCUGGCUGAGGUGGAGGUGAAUAAGUUCAAGCAGAUGACGGAGGCCCUGGGCCCCGGCACCAUCAGGGAUCUUGCAGUGGCCGGGCCAGAGAUGCAGGUAAAACUGCUCCAGAGCCUGGGGCUCAAGUCGGCCCUCAUCACCGAUGGCUCCACGCCCAUCAACCUCUUCAACACAGCCUUAGGUCUGCUGGGGGUGGGGUCUGAGGGCCAGCCACCGGCCCAGAAAGCAGCCAGCAAGCCCGGCCCCCCGGAGGGCUUGCUUCUUGGGUCCACUCCCGUCCCUCCAGUUCCUGGAGGCAAUCACGUCGUGCCUUAACUCUGAGCUGCACUUACCAAUAAAACACUUCUGGGCAUUG